AUGAAAAUGAAAAUGAAGAGUGGAAUAACAGUGAGUGUUGUUAUGGUGAUGUUUUUGUUGGUGGAGUUAGCAAUGAGUUUGAGUUCAAGAGCUGAACGGUUAGCGUUAUUGGAGCUUCGAUCAUCGUUGGGUAUAAGGGGAAAAAAUUGGCCUAUUAAAACUGAACCGUGUCGGAACUGGACCGGUGUUGAAUGCAAGAACAGUCAAGUUGUUGGUAUCAACGUGUCCGGGUUGAAGAGAACUCACAAGGGUCGUCUUAUGCCGAAUUUCGAAGUGGAUUCUCUUGCAAAUUUCACACUAUUAGAGUCUUUCAAUGCUUCUGGAUUCAUGCUUAAUGGGUCUAUACCAGAUUGGUUUGGUGAGACACUUGGUGCACUCAAAGAGCUUGAUUUACGGUCUUGUUCAAUAUCUGGUGUGAUUCCUGAUUCACUUGGUGGUUUGAGUAGUUUGAAAGUUUUGUUACUUUCAGGGAAUAAUCUUACUAGUAGAGUCCCUUUAAAUUUAGGGCUCUUAUCUAGUCUUUCUAUUCUUGAUCUCUCUGGGAAUUUGUUUUCAGGAUCAAUACCUGAAUCUUUCUCCAACCUUGGUAACCUUACAAAGCUUGAUCUUUCUAAUAAUUACUUAUCUGGGUCUAUUCCACCUGAACUCGGUGUCCUUUCAAAUCUUCAAUUUUUGAACCUUUCUGAUAACGCCUUCACCGCUUCUAUUCCUUCUCAGCUAGGUAAUCUUUCAAAGUUGGUUGAGCUUGACCUUAGCAUGAAUUCUCUUUCGGGGUCAUUGCCGGGUAGUUUGUUUUCUUCUAGAUUUUUCGCCAUUCGAGUUAUGAUUUUAAGUUCAAAUUCAAUUGAUGGUGAUCUUCCUGAUGCUCUGUGGUCAAUGCCUAGAUUGCAAUUAUUUGAUGUAUCAGGUAACAGUCUCACUGGUCCACUGCCUAUAUUGUCUGGUUCAAAUGUUAGCUCAAACGGUGGCGUAUUCAAUUUAUCAAACAAUUUGUUCUACGGACCUGUGAAUGGUUUGACGAACAAGCUUAUAGUGAUUGAUUUGUCUGGUAAUUAUUUGGAAGGUGAUGUGCAAAAUGGUCUUAGUAAUGUUACUCUAGCUAGAAAUUGCCUACAGAGGAUUCCAAACCAGAGGAAUUUGAAAGAGUGUAGAAUGUUUUAUGUUCAGAGAAAUGUAACCUUUGAUCAUGAUGAUAUCCAAGAGAGCGAAAAAAAGAAACGAGUAAUAUUCAUACUGGCAAGUGUAUUUGGUGGAUUUGGAUUUAUUGUGGCACUGGUAUUGGUCCUGAUGUUGGUUCUAAAACAAUGUCUUAAAAGUAAAGAUAUGGAAAUUGAAAGAGGGACCACAACUAGGGGACCUGUUACAGAAGGGGAAAGUCCUAUACCUAAGGAUUCUGUUUUUGUAACAGCGGCCGGAGAAUCGUUUACUUUCGAACAAAUACUUCAUUUUACGGGAAAUUUUGAUGAAGCAAACAUAAUAAAACAUGGUCAUUCUGGAGUUUUUUUGUUCGGAGUUUUGGACAGUGGAGUAACUGUGGUUGUCAAAAGGGUAGAUUUAAGUUUGUUUAAAAGAGAAUCUUACAUUGCAGAGCUGGGAUUAUUAAGCAAGGUUUCACAUGCAAGAUUGGUUCCAAUUUUGGGACAUUGCAUGGAUAAUGAGAAGGAUAAAUGUAUAGUUUACAAGUAUAUGAUAAAUGGAGAUUUGGCUACUUCCUUACAUAGAGUCGUUGGUUCGGAUGGGAAGUUGCAGUCCCUGGAUUGGAUCACAAGAUUGAAAAUUGCAACCGGAGCUGCUGAAGGCCUGGCUUACCUACACGAUUGCAGCCCUCCUCUUGUUCACAGAGAUAUCCGAGCCAGUAGUAUACUUCUCGAUGAUAAAUUUGAAGUGCGACUUGGAAGUUUAAGUGAGGUUACUGCCCAAGAAGAUUUUCAUCAGAAUGUAGUGUCAAGAGUUUUCAGCAAACCACUAUCUCUGAAUCAAGGCAAUUAUGGUAAAUCAUCUGCGACAUGUGCUUAUGAUGUCUACUGUUUUGGGAAGAUUUUACUCGAGCUUGUUACCGGUAAUAUCGACAUCAGUGAAUCAGAUGAUGCGAUCACAAAGGAUUGGAUAGAGCAAACUUUGAAUUACAUCACCAUAUUUGAUAAAGAACGGUUGGCUAAGAUCGUUGACCCGUCUUUGAUAGUGGAUGAGGACUUAUUGGAAGAGGUAUGGGCUAUGGCAAUUGUGGCAAAGUCGUGCCUAAAUCCUAAGCCUUCCAAACGACCUCCAAUGAAACAUGUCCUCAAAGCGCUUGAAAAUCCAUUGAAGAUUGUGAGAGAAGAAAGUUUUAGUUCGGCAAAGUUGAGAACAACUUCAUCGAAUAGAUCGUGGAGCACUGCGUUCUUUGGUAGCUGGAGACACAGUUCAUCAGACAGUGGUGCUACUGCUACCAAUAGGGAGGGUUCUAGUGGCAUUAAACAAACAGGAAGAGUAAGUUCUCAUGGUAGUGGUGGCCACGAUCACUCAUCUUCGAAUAAAAGGUCAUCGAAUGAAAUAUUCCCAGAACCGUUGGGAAUGCCGUUGGGAAUGCAAGACUUGGAGAAUGGAGAGUUAAGAUGA